AAGCCUAUUUCUCUUUCAACUCAAUCAUCCAAUAUCGAGCUCCAUCCACUCGUAUCUCACUAUCUCUCCCUCUCUCUACCCUCUCAGAUCGGUCUCUUCGGAGCUCGGAUCUUCUGCGGCAAUGGCUACCGUACUCGAAACCCUAACUCUUCCUCGCUGUUCUGCUCUGCCUUCCCGCGCUUUGUCUCCGAUUACAACCUCUUCGGCUUCUUCGCUCGCGGCCCGCCGGGCGUUGCCGCAGUUUAGAGGCCUCAAGCUCAGCCCCACUCACUCUGUAGGAUCGGUGAGUUCCGCUCCGAGUUCGAGAAUCACUCGUCGUGGUGGACUCGUCGUCUGCGAGGCUCAGGAUACCGCUGUUGGUGCGGCUCCUGUAACCGACUCAUCUUGGAAGUCCCUUGUCCUUGACUCUGAAUUCCCUGUGGUCGUUGAAUUCUGGGCACCUUGGUGUGGGCCUUGUCGUAUGAUUCACCCUAUAGUUGAUGAAUUGGCAAAACAAUAUGCUGGAAAGGUCAAAUUCUUCAAAGUAAACACUGAUGAGAACCCUACAAUUGCUACACAGUAUGGUAUUCGAAGCAUCCCAACUGUUAUUAUGUUCAAGAAUGGUGAGAAGAAGGAGGCAAUUAUUGGUGCUGUUCCCAAAUCCACUUUAACCACAAGCAUAGAGAAAUUCUUGUAGAAGUGGUGAGAAAGCCUUUGUCGAAAAUCGAAAUUAAGUAUGUACUUGUAAUUUUUGCUUCGAUCUUUUUAUUCCAGAUUCUCAACUCUAGCUGUUUUGCAUAAUAAACUCCUCUCUUGUACA